UACAUUGUACAGAUGUAUACAAACUUUUACAACAGUUAAAGAUCAGGGUCAAUCAAUUUUAGAAUUAUGAAUUUUUUCGAAUACGAUCCUAUAUCAUUGUCUCAGUAUGCAAAGUUUUGUAAUUGUAAUUCGCAAGAUUGUAGUUGUGGAGAAAAUAAUGUACAUGAAUGGGCAUGGGACAAGGAAAAUGCUACAUAUACUAUAAUUUUAUCAAAAAAUGAUUUAGAAGUUAAAUUUCAUAAUGGAUAUAGUUAUGGUACAGCAGCUGUGAGAGGUAACAAAAUAUUAGAAAAAGGAAGAUAUCAUUAUUGGGAAAUUAAAAUGCUCACACCUGUUUAUGGAACAGAUAUUAUGGUUGGAGUUGGAACAAGUAAAGUGGAUUUAAAUAAUACAAAACAUGUUUUUUGUUCAUUUCUUGGACUUGACAGAGAAUCUUUUGGUUUUUCUUAUCAAGGAUAUAUACAACAUGGUGGUCAAAAACGUAAAUAUGGUUCUUGUUUUGGGCAAGGUAGUUUAGUGGGCAUAUACUUGGAUACUUGGAGAGGCACUUUAGAAUUUUUCCUUAAUAGAAAAUCAUUAGGUAUUGCUUUUACUGGAUUAAGAGAUUUUAUAUUGUAUCCUAUGGUAUGUUCCACAGCUGCGCAAAGUAAGAUGAGAUUGACUUAUAGUUGUUCUGUACCAGUAUCUUUACAAGUAAGUUGCUUGUCUGUAUUAAAAUCAUCACAUAGAGCAUAUUUAUCAACUAUGUUUCCUGGAUUACGAUAUCUUACUCAAAGCAUUUUUGCCGAUAUAUUAAAAACUCAUUCAAAUAGUGAUGAUGAGAAUGAGGAAGAUGAAUUAGAAUUAUAUGAAACAGAUUAUAUGAUUCUAGAUGACUUUGAUUUUGCAUUAGUGGGUAUGAGUCGAAAAAAGAAGAAAAAAUGUACACAUAAUGAUUAUUCUCUCAGACAUGACUUAUAUAGUUUAUAAAAUCUUAUAAUUAUUAGACAAUAAUAUUGUAAAUAUUUGAAUGAAAGGAAAAUUAGAAUUAAAGUUUUUACAUGAUUUUGUACAUUUUUCUAAAUAUAUAAUAUAAUAUAAAAAAUUAAAAAAGAUUAUUAAGUAAAAAAUAUUAAUUUAAAUAAAAAUCUAUUGUUAUAUAAUAAUAUAUAUUAAUAUUAAUAAAAUAUAUAUUAUUUUUUAAGAUUUUUUAAAUUAUAAUGAUGAAAUGAUUUAUUAUUUAUAUUUUUACAUUUAUAAUUUGAUGUGGUAGUAGUAACAAUAUCGUUAAUUUUUGCACAAAAAACAAGAGCUUGAGCCCAACCAGCUAAAGGACCCCAUAAUUCACCUAUUUGAAAAAUAUGAGUAUCUACAGGAAUAGACUCUAAAUGGCCUAAUGACAUUAAACAUAUACAAUCUGCAACUUUUGGACCAAUUCCAGGAAGAGUAAUUAAUUGUUUUCUAGCUUGAAUAUAUG